UGACCUGUCUUCUCUUGUUUAAUUUAUACUUUCCCAUCUCAUCCGGAAUCGUCCAUACCAAGGCGGAUGUCAUUGACCUUUACACAUACGCCCUUGUCCUUCUCACUCAACUGCUACGCCCUGUUUAGCUGAAACAUCUCUUGGUGCUACGCCCUUCAUGACGACCAUCAACGAGCUAGCGGAGAUGGAUUUUGUCAACUGGGAUGCCACCUCGGCCGGCCCCAGCUUUGAUCCCGUCAUGGCAUCGGAGGGCGCAGCCGAUCCCCUCGAUGCCGGCGGUGGCACAUUGUUAGACCAGCCCAAUAUGGAUCUGGUCUUUGGGGACAUCGACGGCGAUGAUUGGUCGUACUGGGCUCUUGAGCACUUUGAUUCCACUCAAAUGCCACAGGAUGUUGACCUCUCGGAGCCUGUAGCCAAUUCGAUGCUGUAUUGGGAGACUCCCGAGGCCCCCUGUACUCACUGCGCCUUGGGUGGUUACCAGUGCAAGCGAAUCAGAGAAGGUAAAUAUAGAGGUUAUUGCACGAGCUGCGUUGCACUCCGGUGUGAGUGUAGCUUCGGCCCCCUGGAAAACAACCUGGCCGCUGAAGCCGGUGCGACCUUUCCGGCGAACCCCUGGCCAACGAUGGGCGAUAGACCCGAAACGUCUAUUCUACACGAAGAUGACUUCGCCACCAUCAUGACUUCAGCUCCGCCUGUAUCAUCAGGGCUUGCUGCCGCAUCUGCCGCUAUCAUGGAAGAUCAGCAGUUAUCAUCAAAGCCUCCCACCAUAACUAAGAGUGGUGCACGAUUUUCUCGCGAAUCUGUCAAGAUUCUGAAGAACUGGGUCUCGACGCAUAGCAGACACCCGUAUCCCACCGAGGAGGAAAAGGAGGGCCUGCAGAAGAUCACCGGUCUCACCAAGACUCAGAUCACCAAUUGGCUUGCCAACGCUCGCCGGCGUGGCAAGAUCCAACCUACCAGAGCCACUUCUCCUCACAUCGGCCGCGGAUAUGCCCAAGCCAUCGAUAUCCCCCAGCGGAGAGGCACGCCAGCACUAUUUGAGAGCAUGAACCCGUUGCAGAGAUGGGCCAACUCUCCCCCCGAGAACGAACCUGCGUCCGUCGCAGCUAUCGCCAGAGCCGUGUCGGCCUCCUCUAACUCGUACUCGCAGACGUCGGGAUCUGGCCGUAACAGUCCUUACGUCUCCAACUGGUCAGACGAUGGGUCUAGCAGGUCGCUGUGCAAUGUAUCGUCUGCCAGCAGUUUGGGUACAUCUCAUUCCAGCGGCGGCUCUUUUGCGUCGGCCUAUUCCAGCAAAUCCCGCGGCUCCUUUGGCUCGCUACCCUCAUUUGUCCGGACCCGCGGCCGACGCCGUCGCCGACGCGCCCCGCCCAAGCGAGCCGAGGAGGGUCUCAGCCAGCCACUGAAGACAUUCGAGUGCACGUUCUGUACCGAAACUUUCAGGACUAAGCACGACUGGCAACGGCACGAGAAAUCGUUGCAUUUGUCUCUCGAGCGAUGGAUCUGUUCUCCCGACGGGCCUCGAUACAUCAACCCCGAAAACGGAAUGAUGAGCUGCGUCUUCUGCGGCGAGGUGAACCCCAACGACGCCCACAUCGAAGCCCACAACUUCUCCAGCUGCACCGAGCGGACGCAAGAAGAACGGACAUUCUACCGGAAGGAUCAUCUCCGCCAGCACCUCAAGCUCGUGCACAACGUCAGCUUCCUCCCCUGGGCGAUGGACAGGUGGCGGGUGAACUUCCCAGAGAUCCGGUCGCGGUGCGGUUUCUGCGGCAUCGUGCUCGACAGCUGGACGAUCCGUGUGGACCACCUCGCCGAGCAUUUCAAGACCGGUAACACUAUGGCUGACUGGAAGGGUGACUGGGGUUUUGAAGCGCCCGUGCUGGAGAUGGUCGAGAACUCUAUCCCGCCUUAUCUGAUUCACGACGAGAGAAAUACGCCGCUGCCGUAUAAGGCCAGCAGCAACCCGCCCACAACGCCGACUAAUGCUUACGAGCUUCUCAAAUGGGAGCUCUACCACUGGAUGUCCCAAUUCACGGCAGACACGGCGAGGCCACCAACCGAUGCUGAGAUACAAUUAGAGGCAUGCUGCAUCCUUUUCGGUGCCGACGCGCAAUCACAGCCUCACCGCCGGGGCGCAACAUCAUGGCUCCGCGACCUCAUCGUCUCGUCCGAGGAGCAAGCCCGGAACGCCGCCUUCCGCCCCAUCCGAGGGCAGCUAGACUGCCGCCUGACCUCGCUGCGCAUCAACGGCAAGGGCGAGAUCUUCGAGGGCUGCGAGUUCGAACGGCAGCUGCGGGACUUCGUCGACAACAGACAGCUACUGGGGUUAACGGCGAUGGACCAUGAGCUGCAGGUCGAAGCGUGCCGCAUCAUCGGACGAGUCGAAGAAAAGUCCGGCAACCCGAUGGACGACAUCGCCAACUGGUUCAUCCGCGUGAUCAACAGCUCGCCCAAGUGGCUCGAGAACUUUCGGCAGCGGGCGCAUCUCCCGCGCAGCGAGGACGUCGGAGACACGUAUCUGCGGUCCAAGGACCCCAAGACCAUCGACUCGACCAUCUACAACUACACCCGAUUAGAGCGGGAGCUUGGCGACUACUUAUUGGGCAGGAGGACGACAGGCGUCGAGCCCGACGACGGCGACUUACAGCACCGGGCGCGCAUCAUUAUCUACGACAGCGACGACGAGUGGAACCAGACGGCCGCCGACGACAAGGAGUGGCUGCAGCGCUUCCGGAACAGACACCCGGUCAGCGGAGGAGGAGGAGGAGGCAGCGCGAUGUCCAUGUCCGCGUCGGACGACUCCCCCAUCCUCCUCGACCACGCCCCCUGUCGAUCAUCGCCAACCCAAAACCAGCACCCCGCUGCUACUGCCGCUGCCCCAAGCGACUCGCAGUACCUGGGGCCUCUAUUCAAAGACCUGCCGCCCCAAUCCCAAUCGCAACCCCAGGCCACCAACUCAGCAGCAGCAGCAGCAGCCGCCGAUGGCGAUUUCAACAGCUCUAUCAAAAUAGGCCCUUUCUUCCUAAACGACACCAACUGCUAUCGCCGCCUGGCGCGCGGACUGAGUCGCUUCGUGGCGUCGACGAUGUCCGCGAAUAACCCCAACCGACACGUGCCGACUGACGAGGAGCUGCAGUACCAGGCAAGGUGGCUGAUAUAUGACGACGACGACCCCUGGAACCAAACCGCGGCCGACAACUUCGAAUGGCUGCAGCGCUUCAAGCGGGACGUGGGGAUCCUCGCGCCGUCGUCGGGGCCUGGCCUCGGCAACUCCAACGACGUGGCGUGGGCGGCCUCCGAAGGCGGCACGGGCUUCGCGCCGCCGUACGUGCUGCCGAACCCCGCGCUGGCCAUCGAGCCGCUGUCCGCGGACCCCACCGUCUUCAUCCGCGAGGGCGCGAGGCCGUUCGCGCCCGCCGCGGGCACGGCCAACCGCUUCCUGCGCCGCCUCGCCCGCCGCUUCCCCGCGCCCGCCAAGGUCUUCUGCAGCCGCGAGCUCGAGUCCGGGCUCGCGGCGUACGUGCGCAGGCACGUGGCGGCGGCGGCGGACGGCGCGAGCUUCCCGAGCGACGAGCAGCUGCGCGCGCGCGCGCGCCAGAUCCUGGCGAUGGAGCGGACGAGCUGCGACGACCCGGUGCUGCUCGAGCGGUUCAAGAAGGCGGUGCGGGAUCCGGGGGGGUUGCUGGGUGGGCAGGGGCAAGGGCAAGGGCAAGGGCAAGGGCAAGGGCAUCGCCACCGCUCUUCUUCGUCGGGUACCGUGGACGUGUUUGAAGGAGAAGGAGGAGAGGGGGGAGGAGCGCCGCUGACGCCGAAUAUCGCGGCGGAUAUCGCGGCUGUGACGGCGGGCGCGAGCGACGAUAAUAAUGAUAACGAUAACUAUAAUACUAAUAACCACAACUACAACCACAGCACGGACGACGCAGCAGCACUCGCAACGCUCCCGUCGGAGAUGGAGAUGGAGAUGGAUCUGGAUCUGGACUUCCACUUCACGGAGCAGGAGAUGCAGGAUCUGCUGGGGGACGUGGGCAACGAAUUCGGCGCCGGCGGUGACGGGGGCGCGUCGUUGCAUUAAGGUGGUUUGCUGUGGAACGACAACAGCACUUCAGCAUCAGCAUCAUCAUCAUCAUCAUCAUCUCUUAUCAACGACAACAUCAUCAUCAACUACAACACCAUCGCCAACAACAACAACAACAAACAACGAAAAGUAAAGAAGGACCGGCACCGGCGGAUACUUGCGUCUCCGUCAGCUUCUGCCAGCAUGCUAGAUACCAUAUGGGAAGGCGAGGAGUAUGCAGGCGAACUGUAGCAUUUUUAGUACCUACCUAGCUAUUUUUCAUUUUAUUCUAACUUGUAAGCUACCAUACCAUACCUACCUACCUACCUACCUACAUAAACAGGCAAAUAGGCAGAAAUGGAUAUAUAUAUAUAGGGUAGCUAAGUAGUAAGUAAGUAGGUAGGUAACGAGGGAUAUUAGGUACCUAACGGGCAUGUAGCGAGGUGUUAUGUUUUACGAAAGAAUGAGAAUAAAUGAACAUGAAUAUGAUCAUCUAAACUUCCAGUCUAUCUAUUUAGGUAUGUAGGUAGGUACCUACGUGAUGGGCAACCUAUCUAGUAUCUAGGUACUUAUUGAUUCGAUGACUUUUACGUGAUAUGAAGAGGCAGGCCUACCUGCUAUUGAAAUAGGGGAAGUUAGCAUAGCUUAGCUAGCCUGCUACAAAUAAGUUGGUAAGAACCUAGGUAGUGCAAU